AAGUUAUUAUUCUCUUUACAUUUCCAACAAUGGCUUCUUCUCCUUCAUCCUCCUCGCUUUGGACUCUGCAACAAGAGAAGACAGUUGUCCUAACACUAUAUAUAGUCGCUUUUUUAUCAUUCAUUCCCAGCUCCACAGGAUGCCCCUACACUUCCAUUUUCAGCUUCGGCGACUCACUUGCUGAUACCGGAAACUUGUUUUUCAGCUUCCAACCACCGCGGCGCCACCAUUGCUCCCGCCCUCCCUACGGCAAAACCUACUUCGGUCACCCCACCGGAAGAUGCUCCGAUGGCCGUCUUAUCAUUGAUUUCAUCGCUGAGUCUUUAAGCAUACCAUCAGUGAAACCAUAUGAGGGAAUUAAGAAUGGUCGAGUAAGAAAUUGGAACAAAGAGGAGGGAGUGAAUUUUGCAGUUGCGGGAGCAACGGCUUUGAAUGUAAGUUUCUUUGAAGAGAGAGGUAUUUAUGCUGUCAGUACUAAUGAUUCUCUUAGAGUUCAACUGGGAUGGUUCAAGGAGUUUUUGCCUUCUAUAUGCAAUUCUUCCUCAAGCUGCAAGAAAGCGUUUGAGAAGUCACUCUUUCUGGUGGGAGAAAUUGGUGGCAAUGACUUUAAUAGACCUUUUGCCUUGCGAAGGACUUUAGCGGAGAUCAAAACUUACGUGCCUCAUGUGAUCAAUGCAAUCUCUUCAACAAUAGAAGAUUUGAUAGAUCUAGGAGCUCAAAUGCUCAUUGUUCCUGGGAAUUUCCCAAUAGGAUGCAAUGCGUUCUAUUUAACAAUGUAUGAGAGUAACCAUAAGAAUGACUACGACGAAGCUGGUUGCUUGGAUUGGCUGAACAAGUUUGCUGAAUACUACAAUCACAGGCUUCAAGCUGAACUAAAUCGCCUUCAACAGCUUCAUCCUCAUGCCAAUAUCAUAUAUGCUGAUUAUUAUAACGCUGCAUUACCACUCUAUCAUUCUCCCACAAAAUUUGGUUUUACGGGUUUGAAAGCUUGUUGCGGAGCUGGAGGGGCAUACAAUUGCGGUGCUUCAAAAAGAUGUGGAAGUGAAGGAGUGAAGGCUUGUGAUGAUCCUUCGAAGUACAUAAGCUGGGAUGGUGUUCAUUUGACAGAAGCUGCGUAUAGAUUGAUCUCAAGAUAUUUAUUAAAAGGAUCCUAUACUGCUCCUAAAUUUGAUGACUUGUGCUUGAAGAACAAAGCUUUUGAAAGUUUUAACAGCCUUUGAGGUUCGCUGGGAUUAAUUUUCUGUGUUCUAUCGUUAUGUUUGUAACAGUUAUUUAUUUUGGAAUAAAUUCAGUCCUCUCAAUUUAGGCCAAAAAACAAAUCAGUCCUCUCAGUUCAGGCCAAAAAAAAGAAAAUCAGUCCUCACUGCUGCUUCUCUUCUUAUGGCAAUUAAAAUGCCUUUUUGGGAUUA